GGCGAAGCCGUCUGGGCGUCGGCACUGAGCGUUGCAGGCCGCGAUGAAGAACCAGGACAAAAAGAAUGGGGCCGCCAAGCACGCGAACAACACUUCCCACGCGAAAGGCCACCCGGGGCCGCCCGAAGCCGGCCCGGAGGGGGGCUCAGGGCGAACCGGCCCGGCCGCGGCGGCGACCGACGCGGAAGGUUCCAGCAGUCGGGCUCCAGCGAAGACGGAGGGAGCCCAAGUCAAAGCUGCACAAGCUGGGGCCCUCCGUGAUGUCUCUGAGGAGCUGAGCCGCCAGCUGGAAGACAUCUUGAGUACAUACUGCGUAGACAACAAUCAGGGGGGCCCAGCUGAGGAUGGGGCACAUGGUGAACCCACUGAACCUGAAGAUACAGAGAAGUCCCGGGCCUAUGCCUCAAGGAAUGGGGAGCCUGAGGCAGAGAACCCAGUUGUGAAUGGUGAGAAAGAGCCCUCCAAGGGAGAACCGGUCACAGAAGAGAUCCGGGCAAGUGACGAGGUUGGAGACCGCAAUCACCGAAGGCCACAGGAAAAGAAGAAAGCCAAGGGUCUGGGGAAGGAGAUCACAUUGCUAAUGCAGACGUUGAACACCCUGAGCACUCCAGAGGAGAAGCUGGCAGCUCUAUGCAAGAAGUAUGCUGAACUGCUGGAAGAGCACCGGAACUCGCAGAAGCAGAUGAAGCUCCUACAGAAGAAGCAGAGCCAACUGGUGCAGGAGAAGGACCACCUGCGCGGUGAGCACAGCAAGGCCAUCCUGGCCCGGAGCAAGCUGGAGAGCCUGUGCCGAGAGUUGCAGCGCCACAACCGCUCCCUCAAGGAAGAAGGUGUGCAGCGAGCCCGGGAGGAAGAGGAGAAGCGCAAGGAAGUGACCUCGCACUUCCAGAUGACACUGAAUGACAUCCAGCUACAGAUGGAACAGCACAACGAGCGCAAUUCCAAACUGCGCCAGGAGAACAUGGAGCUGGCUGAGAGGCUCAAGAAGCUGAUUGAGCAGUAUGAGCUGCGGGAAGAGCACAUCGACAAAGUCUUCAAACACAAGGACCUGCAGCAGCAGCUUGUGGAUGCCAAGCUCCAGCAGGCCCAGGAGAUGCUGAAGGAGGCAGAGGAGAGGCACCAGCGGGAGAAAGAUUUUCUCCUCAAAGAGGCUGUGGAGUCCCAGAGGAUGUGUGAGCUGAUGAAGCAGCAGGAGAACCACUUGAAGCAGCAGCUUGCCUUGUACACAGAGAAGUUUGAGGAGUUCCAAAACACACUCUCCAAAAGCAGUGAGGUGUUCACCACAUUCAAACAGGAGAUGGAAAAGAUGACUAAGAAGAUUAAGAAGCUGGAGAAAGAAACCACAAUGUACCGGUCUCGGUGGGAGAGCAGCAAUAAGGCACUACUGGAGAUGGCCGAAGAGAAAACACUCCGGGACAAAGAGCUGGAGGGACUGCAAGUGAAAAUUCAGCGGUUGGAGAAGCUGUGCCGAGCGCUGCAGACAGAACGCAACGACCUGAACAAGAGGGUACAGGACUUGAGUGCGGGGGUCCAGGGCCCCCUCACAGACAGCCCUGAACAAAGGUCAGAGGCUGCUACUGCCUCUAAGGAACAGGGUGUUGAGGGGCCUGGUGCCCAAGCACCUAGCUCCCCAAGAGCCACGGAAGCCCCUUGCUGCCAUGGAGCACCCAGCUUAGAAGCAUCUGACCGUACUAGGCCUCAGGAGCCCACCACCACCGCCUAGGGAGCUUGGCCUGGGGUGUGUGCUGGGAAGGGAGCAAGCAGCCCAGCCAAGUCUGGCCCACCAAGCUCCCUCUGCUGCGCGGUGUAGCCCUGAGGUCAGACGCUCUGACCUGGCCGAUGUCUGACACCUCGAAGUUCUGGAUUUUCUGGGUCAGUUUUCAAUACCUAUGGCAUAGGUGCAAGGCCACACGUGUUCUUACCUGUAAGUGUCAAGUGGGCUGACAUUGGGGUGGGAUGUGGACAGAUGAGGUCAGUGACUCUUCUAAGAGUUAACAGGUCUCAAAGCAGAGCUGUCCCAGUGAGCUACUGGACAAGCAACAAGCUUUUCCCUGCCUGAUUUGAGACUCCUUCCCUGCCCUUCAGGGCUCAUGACAGAUGAUACCCUCGGGCCUUGACAAUGAGCAGGACUUGGGCAACUCCGGUUCUCCAAGCUUCCCCAGAAGCUCUUUUGCUUCUCUUGACCUGGAAAAGGGGACCCCAAACAGAGCCUUGGCAGGGGCUUAGGAACAGUAACAAAACUGCCCUUCUGCCUUGGACUGGGCUCUGAAGAAGGUUUCUGUGUGGGAUGAUGUGCUGGGUGGGAGCCCCCAGGCACCACUUCCCCUGCCCUCUGGUAGUGCCAGGACCAGGCCAAUGAUGCUUUUCAGUAGCCUUAUCAUUCACAGGUGCCUCUAGCCUGCACAAUGAUUGACAAGAGAUCACCCAAAGGCUUCUUCCAGAAGGGUUCUUUGUUCUGUUUGUCCGAUUCUUUAUUUUUGCACAUGACAGUGUUUGCGUUGCUGAUCUCCUGAGGAAGAAGGGAAAGUGCUGUAGUGGUGGUGCCUGGCUUCCUGGCUCCCAGUGCCCCACCACCUCACCUAGCACUUUGCCGUGCUGGUUCUGAGGUUUCCUGUCAGUGAACCCAGAUUGUUUAUAGUAACGGAAAAAAGGGUCUCUGAUAGCUUUGCCACAGCUUGCCUGUGACACCAUGGGAGGUCUCCAGGCAGCUGUACAGGCCUGUUCUUCCCUUGGCUUUAUGAGUUUUCUGUUCUCUUGCCUGCACCCAUGUGCAUUCCUUGAGAUUUGCCCUGGUUCUGUUUUGGCCUGGGGCCUGGCUUCAAUAUGUCCCUUUGACAUUCCUCCUUUCAGUAUGGAUAAGAAUAAGAUCUGGGGCUAAAAAGAGAGUACAAGGAGUGGGUAGAGCGUCUCACCCCUGUUCAGUCCCCAAUGCUACAUUUGGUCCCCAACUGAACACUGCUGGGUGUGGCCCAGGCCUGCCCCUUCCCUGAAAAGGAAUGAAAACAGUUGAUUUGGUCCCAAAAAUUGGAAGGCUGCAGAUUAGGCUGCAGAUUGUGUGUACCUGUCCUACAUUGUCGUCCGUCCGUUCCCCCGUCCCCCCCGUCCCCCCGUGCCUGCUGCUCUGAACUCUCAAAGGUUCUGCUGUGGCAAUCUGGUGGGGCUGUUUGGUCUUAUUACUGUGCAGGUUGGUGCAGGGCAGUUCUCUUGAACAACUAAGUCAGUCUUGUAUUAAGUGGGGCUCUGCUUGCAGCAGCUGAGUUGGUUAAUGUACGUCCUUGAAGCUGCUUCGUUGUCUGGCAGGCUCCCUCAUUUCAUAUAAUUCGUCUUUGAGCCCUGAACUUCAAUUCCUCAGAGGAGUAGGUUAGUGAAAAAUACUAAGAAUUCUUGAAUCACAUUUCAGCUUAGACCAGAGAUGGCAAAUGAACAGCACUUCAAUUCCCCGUGGCCAAAUUUUCCCCCUCAUCCCUCUCCCAAGGUCUGUCCCUGAGAGUAGAACUGUUCCCCUAGCCAGUGAGUAUGAGGAGUGGCAUGCCAUCCUGCCUGGCUAAGACCCCAUUCUCCGGUUCAGCAGUAUGUCCUUCCAGGCACCUUUUCUGUCCCUCUCAAAAGUCUGGGUCUGGACUCAUGCCAGCUGCCUCCUGCCCCAGUCACGCCAGUUGUGCCAGGCUGGGGCACACAGGAGCUGCCAAUCCCAUACAGGUUUGCUGGGCUACAGAAGCACAAGGCUGCAGCAAGAGCUCUAGCUUGCUCAGCAGGAAGGCCUACAGAGCCCCCCACAGAAUUGCCUCCUCACUCAGCUACCUCUUUAAAGCCCGAGGUGGGGGCAGGUCUGUUGGAGCCUCCUGUGGGCAUGGGAGGUGACAGCUGCUCCGUGCAUGCCAGCAGCCCCUGGAGACAUCUAGUGAAAAUGAGCAAGAUGGUCUCACUGGGCUGGCCUCCCGGAUCGGAGCCUGUACCUCUUAGGGGGUAGGAUGGAGGGAGUUUGUUCCCAGUUCCAGCCACAGCUGGACUUUCAGACCAGGCUUUUGAUGGGUACCAUAUUCUUCCUUUUCCUCCUCGGUGACCAAAUCUUCCCACCUACAGCUGCACUGCUGCUGCUUCUGCUUUCCAAAGUCAGCCUGGACCCUGGCUGCUGCCCACCCUGCCAGGAGCCUGGGCAAGAUGCAGGCACGGUGGCCUGUUGGCUGGUUGCGCUAAGGCCAGUGCCUUCCCUGUGCACGUGACCUCACCUUAGGACCAAGCGCUGUGUUGGUUUCUUAGAUUGCUAGCUUUUCCAGAUUCCCAGGACCAGCUGGAGCCCUGCUCUGCUUGCAGAAAUGUGUUCAGGACACCCCGCCCUGAGCUCCAGAGUCAACAGCUCGGCAGCACUUUUCUUUGUUUUCCAUGAGGUUUUUGGACCAUGGGUGGAGCUCAGGCACUUUCUGUAAGAUGUUUUGUCUCCUAGGGUGGCUAGAUCCCCUCCUCCACCUCUGUCCUGAGGCCCUGGAGCUGCCCUGCUGAGUUCAUUCUCCAGCUGCUGCUCCAGCCCUCCCACCUUGCACAGCACAGAGGUGGUCACCGGGGGCAGCCUGGCGCCUGCCUGGGGGAGGGGUGUAGCCGUCUAUCCCUGUAACUGCUUCCUUUCGGCCCCAGCUGGUGCCUACACUUGUUGGAAGCUGUGCUGAUGGCUUUUUUUGUUAUUUUGGGGGUGGGAGGUGGGGUAGUGUCUCCUUUUGGUAUUCACAACAGCCAGGGACAUGAUUUUAAUGUAUUUUAAACCACAUGAAAUAAAAGAGUCUGUUGCCUUA